UGUUUCUUCUCUCCAACACUUUUGUUCCACAUAGAUUUCCAUACUAUCGGGAGAACAAGCAAGGUUGGCAAAAUUCUAUACGCCACAAUUUAUCGCUGAACGAUUGUUUCGUCAAAGUUCCACGCGACAAAAAUACCAUCGACGACAACGACAGCAUCGGUAAAGGCAGCUACUGGAUGCUGGACUCCUCGGCCAAUGACAUGUUCGAGCAAGGCAAUUAUCGGCGAAGAAGAACGCGUCGCCAAAGACACUGCCUAAAGGCCAAUGAACUGCUAGGAGAGAACAUAAAGCAUACGCCAGCAAGCAACUUCUACGAAAUUAAUGACAAUUCACCCACUCGCAGCGCACACAGCGAAGUCGAUGUGACUACACUUAACUACUCGGAUCGUAUAACAGAAAUUCAUCGACAAUAUUUGGCAACAAUUGCGCCAUUCAACAUACUCUUCCGCAACAGUGCCACGAACUUAAACCAAUACACGACAGCAACAGCAGAUGCUGCCUUGAAGCAAAUCAACACUCCAUUGCAGCACCAUACUAAUUCGAAUGAAGCUGUUGGCGUGGUAAGAGAUUACGACGCCUUUGAUGUAACUGGUGGAACGUUCUCAAAUAGCAACAGUUCAAUUGACAGUACAAGGCUUAUAAAUCUAAAUUCUCCUAGUGCAUUUACAGUCCCUAGCUGCACUUCGAGCGCUACAACAAUGGAUGCAACAAUAACGCAAGCACAUUCACCAGGAAACUGUGGCGGUAGUCCUAAGACCCCAACUUUAUUUACUAUUGAAAAUAUUAUUAAGAAAGACUGAAGACAUUUAUGUAUACUUUCUACAGAGUUAAGAACGAAGGAUUAA